AUGACUCGCACAUAUGAGGCUGCAAUUGUAGCACUCAAUUCCUUACAGACAAACUAUGCUAUCGUGGAGGAGCUCCGGAAAUCUGUUUCCAGGAAGGAAAUGAAUGAGCGCUCCAUUCCGGAGACUGUAGAAUGGCUUCAGCGCAUUGGGUACAAGCCCUCCGAUCUGAACCGAUUAAACCCAAUCCAUGUUGCCGGAACUAAAGGCAAGGGUUCGACCUCUGCUUUCAUCUCAACAAUCCUCUCUCAGUACACCAAAGCCGAGACUGGGCCAUCGGCAUUGCACAUUAACAAAGUUGGACUUUACACCUCCCCGCAUCUCCGGUUCGCACGCGAGCGCAUCCAGAUCGACAAUGCCCCACUAUCAGAAGAACAAUUCGCCAAAUACUUUUUUGAAGUAUGGGAUCGUCUUGAGGCUGCGGCCAAGACAGCGGGUCAGGACCCUACUGCGCCAGGAACCAAGCCUCAAUACUUCCGUUACUUGACUCUGAUGGCAUUCCAUACAUAUCUGAGUGAAGGUGUCGAUGCCGCCGUGAUUGAGUGCGGAAUUGGAGGACAGUAUGAUUGUACCAAUGUGGUCGAGAAGCCCAAAGCGACAGCAAUAACUAGCCUCGGUAUUGAUCACACCGCAAUGUUGGGUUCUACUAUCGAAGAAAUCGCUUGGCACAAGGGUGGUAUUAUCAAGCCGGGCGUUCGCGCUUUCACCGCGCCCCAGGCUCCAAGUGCAGAGAAAGUGUUGGCUGAGCGGGCUGUGGAGAAGAGCACCCAGCUUGAUAUCAUCUCCCCCCACCCCGAUCUCCAGGUUGGUAAGACGGAAGUCAAGCUUGGCUUGGCAGGCGAUUUCCAAUACACAAAUGCAUCCCUGGCGGUUGCGGCUGCUGCCGAGUAUCUGAGAAAGACCGGAGUAGCGGAUAUUCCUGAAGACAUUAUGUCUCAGCCGCUUCCUGCCAAGUUCAAGACUGGACUUGAAAAGACACGUCUUGGAGGCCGUUGCGAAACUCGCACUGAGAAGAACGUCUCAUGGUAUAUCGAUGGAGGUCACACUCUUGAGAGUAUUAGGUUGGCUGGUUCAUGGUUUGCUUCACGAAUCCAGGAAGACUCGUCCUCAAGCGAUGUGGCUUCCAAGAAGCCCCGCAUCUUGAUCUUUAAUCAGCAGACUCGCGAUAGCACUGCACUAGCAGUUGCUCUACAUGAGACGCUCGCCGCGGCUCUUGGAGCUACGAUACCCUUCACUCAUGCUAUUUUCUGUACCAAUGUGACCUACAAGCAGGCGGGCUACCGACCUGACCUAGUCAGCAUGAACACAAAUGCAGAUGACGUGGAUCAUCUCCGUGUUCAAAAGUCACUGGCCGAGGCAUGGAACUCCAUUGACUCUCAUGCCCAAACCCACGUCUUUGGCACCAUCGAAGAAGCCGUGGACUUUGCGCGAGACGUGGCCGCUCAGGAACGCAAGGCUCUGCAAAAAGACGAGACCCCAGUUAUGACCUUUGUCACUGGUAGUCUGCAUUUGGUUGGCGGGUUCCUUGAUGUCAUUGAAACAAAGCCGUACUCUGAGAGCGCAUAA